AUGCCGCUGUUUGACCUCUUGUUGCGAGCUAGGUUGACAAACGUCAGCGAACUGUCACCCUCUGGUGAUGAUUUCCAAUGGUGUCUCAAGGUGAAAUGCAGCAAUUGCAUGGAGGUUCAUGAUAAAUGGGUCUUCAUUUGCGCCCAAAAACAGGAGGCGACCAAGGGCUCUAGGGGUUUUGCCAACUUGAGGUUGAAGUGUCGGUUCUGUGGCCGCGAGAAUUCGGCAGUUGUAGUGGAGGGGAGCGUUAAACCCUAUAAAGAGGAAGACUCAGAGAAGCUGCGGCCGAUCGUUUGUUUGGAAUGUCGUGGAAUGGAGCCGCAGGAAUUCUCGCCUCGCGAUGGUUGGCAAGUCAUUUCAAGUUCCAGUUGUGCUACUGUCUUCCCGAAUGUUAAUCUAACUGACGGCGAAUGGAUGGAUUUCGAUGUCGAUGGCCAAUGCUGUGUGGAGGUUUUUGAAGUGCAAACUGAUAUCAAGUUGAGGAGUCAAAACAAAAGCAAUUGA